AUGCAACCAAGAACACGAAUUCCCGAGUUUGCAGAAUUAGAAAACUAUAAAAAUCUUGGGCUAUUGACCCAGAUGCAACUCGAUUUACUCUAUCGAAGAGUAAAUGGCGAGUCUUAUCAACAAAUACGGAAUGUUUACUCAAUUUCAAAGACGACAGUAGCACGCGCAAUCAUGCGCACUGCUACUUGUCGUUCAUGGACAAAAGGUCAGUCAGGGGGUGGUAUGACCCAUUUGUCACUACCAGAUGAAAUGCAGUUCAAAAAACUUGUUCAAGAGAUGGCAGACGACUUGAACUGUAUUACAACAUCAAUGGCCAUUGCUGUCUGUACGGAAUUACAAAAUAGGAGAUUAAAAUUUGCGGCGCGGGUACUAAUCGCUGCAAGAUGCCCGCAUCUUCUAGCGAAGCUCGAUGAUUACUGCCCAUCGCCAUCCCGUGGCUGGCUUAAUCAUAUCGCCACAAGAUUGUCAAUUCGGAUUGUGAGCUCCCAAACUAUUGAUAUGCUCCGACGCUCUACCUGUGACGCAAACCAUAUUCGCCACAAUCCGAAUUACAAUUAUUUUUGGUUUUAUAUUUUUUGUGAGCUGCAUAAUGGAGUGAGGAAGCAUCUUGAUGAAGAGAGGAAGCACCUUGAUCAAGAGAGGAAGUACUUUGAAGAAGAGAGGAAUCACUUUGUUGAAGAGAGGAAGCAUCUUGAUCAAGAGAGGAAGCACCUUGAUGAAGAGAGGAAGCUGCAUGAUGGAUGCAUGAUGGAGUGA